AUGGAUGCUGCGGGAAGGGGCUGCCAUUUGCUGCCCCUGCCAGCGGCGCGCGGACCUGCCCGCGCUCUUGCAGCCGCCGCCGCCAGCGCCUCCAGCCCGCCCGGCCUCUGCAGCGGGGCCGCCUGCGCUCCCUCCGCGGCCGCCGGAGUGGGCGCCAUGAACCCCAGCUCCUCGGCGGGAGAGGAGAAGGGGGCGACGGGCGGCAGCAGCAGCAGCGGAAGCGGCGCCGGGAGCUGCUGCCUGGGCGCCGAGGGCGGCGCGGAUCCGCUGGGCGCAGGGGCAGCCGCGGCGGUGGGGGCCGCUGCCCUGGACGAGCCCACGGCCGCCGGCCAGAAGGAGAAGGACGAGGCGCUGGAGGAGAAGCUGAGGAACUUAACUUUCCGGAAGCAGGUCUCGUACAGGAAAGCAAUCUCCCGGGCAGGCCUCCAGCAUCUGGCUCCUGCACAUCCCCUCAGCCUUCCUGUGGCAAAUGGUCCAGCCAAGGAGCCCAGAGCGACUUUGGACUGGAGUGAGAAUGCCGUGAAUGGAGAACAUCUGUGGCUGGAGACCAACGUCUCGGGAGACCUAUGCUACCUUGGAGAGGAGAACUGCCAAGUCAGAUUUGCAAAAUCAGCUCUCAGGAGGAAGUGUGCAGUCUGUAAAAUCGUCGUCCACACCGCCUGCAUUGAGCAGCUAGAAAAGAUUAAUUUCAGAUGUAAACCAACAUUUCGAGAAGGAGGCUCAAGGUCACCAAGAGAAAAUUUUGUACGUCAUCACUGGGUGCACAGGCGUCGGCAGGAGGGGAAAUGUAAGCAGUGUGGUAAGGGCUUCCAGCAAAAGUUCUCCUUCCACAGUAAAGAGAUUGUGGCUAUCAGCUGUUCCUGGUGCAAGCAGGCGUUUCACAAUAAAGUGACCUGCUUCAUGCUGCAUCACAUUGAAGAACCCUGCUCCCUGGGGGCUCAUGCUGCUGUUAUUGUCCCACCCACUUGGAUCAUUAAGGUGAAGAAACCUCAGAACUCACUGAAGGCUUCAAAUCGGAAGAAGAAGAGAACAAGCUUUAAAAGAAAAGCCAGUAAAAGAGGGAUGGAACAGGAAAACAAAGGUCGUCCUUUUGUGAUAAAACCCAUCUCUUCUCCUCUCAUGAAACCCUUGCUUGUAUUUGUGAAUCCCAAGAGUGGAGGCAACCAGGGAACCAAAGUCCUGCAGAUGUUCAUGUGGUACCUGAAUCCACGGCAAGUCUUUGAUCUUUCUCAGGAAGGGCCAAAAGAUGCGCUUGAAUUGUAUAGGAAAGUACCAAAUCUGCGAAUUCUGGCCUGUGGUGGGGAUGGAACGGUGGGCUGGAUCCUUUCUAUCCUGGAUGAACUGCAGCUGAGCCCUCAGCCUCCCGUGGGGGUCCUUCCGCUGGGGACUGGGAAUGACCUGGCUAGAACUCUCAACUGGGGAGGGGGCUACACUGAUGAGCCUGUUUCUAAGAUCCUGUGCCAAGUGGAAGAUGGGACAAUUGUACAGCUAGAUCGCUGGAACCUCCAUGUGGAAAGAAACCCCGACUUGCCUCCAGAGGAACUUGAAGAUGGCGUAUGUAAGCUCCCUCUGAAUGUUUUCAAUAACUACUUCAGCCUUGGAUUUGAUGCUCAUGUCACACUGGAGUUCCAUGAAUCCAGAGAAGCAAAUCCAGAGAAAUUCAACAGUCGUUUUCGAAAUAAAAUGUUCUAUGCAGGGGCAGCUUUUUCUGACUUCCUACAGAGAAGUUCUAGAGAUCUGUCCAAACAUGUUAAAGUUGUUUGUGAUGGAACAGAUCUCACCCCAAAGAUUCAGGAACUGAAGUUCCAGUGUAUAGUAUUUUUAAAUAUACCCAGAUAUUGUGCUGGCACAAUGCCCUGGGGAAACCCAGGAGAUCACCACGAUUUCGAACCUCAGCGUCAUGAUGAUGGUUAUAUUGAAGUCAUUGGAUUUACCAUGGCCUCUUUGGCAGCCCUGCAAGUUGGGGGCCAUGGAGAGAGGCUACACCAGUGUCGAGAAGUCAUGCUUCUAACUUACAAAUCCAUCCCCAUGCAAGUGGAUGGGGAGCCCUGUAGGUUGGCCCCAGCUCUGAUUCGGAUCUCCCUGAGGAAUCAGGCCAACAUGGUACAGAAGAGCAAGAGGAGAACAUCCAUGCCUUUACUUAAUGAUCCCCAGUCUGUCCCAGAUCGUCUGAGGAUCCGGGUGAACAAAAUCAGUUUGCAAGACUAUGAAGGAUUCCACUAUGACAAGGAGAAACUCCGGGAAGCUUCUAUUUCAGACUGGUUAAGAAAUGCUGGGGAACUAGUGCAGUCAUUUGGAGCGAUACCUCUGGGUAUUCUAGUUGUACGUGGAGACUGUGAUUUGGAGACUUGCCGUAUGUACAUAGACCGCCUACAGGAGGACCUACAGUCAGUUUCUUCUGGCUCCCAGAGAGUUCAUUACCAGGACCAUGAAACCUCCUUCCCCAGGGCUCUCUCAGCACAGAGGCUCUCCCCUCGGUGGUGCUUCCUAGAUGACAGAUCUCAGGAACAUUUGCACUUUGUGAUGGAGAUUUCCCAAGAUGAGAUUUUUAUUCUGGACCCAGAUAUGGUGGUGUCACAGCCAGCGGGGACACCUCCCGGCAUGCCUGACCUGGUGGUGGAGCAAGCCUCAGGGAUCUCAGACUGGUGGAAUCCUGCCCUGCGGAAACGCAUGCUGAGUGACAGUGGGCUGGGGAUGAUAGCUCCCUAUUAUGAGGACUCAGAUCUGAAAGAUCUCAGCCACUCCCGCGUGCUACAGUCACCAGUCUCUUCAGAAGAUCAUGCAAUUUUGCAGGCAGUAAUAGCUGGUGAUCUUAUGAAGCUAAUAGAAAGCUAUAAAAAUGGAGGCAGUCUGCUAAUUCAGGGACCAGAUCACUGUUCACUCCUUCACUACGCAGCUAAAACCGGCAACGGGGAGAUUGUGAAAUAUAUCCUUGACCACGGACCUUCCGAGUUAUUGGAUAUGGCAGACAGUGAAACGGGUGAGACUGCACUGCACAAGGCUGCCUGCCAGCGGAACCGGGCUGUGUGCCAGCUUCUGGUGGAUGCAGGAGCAUCUCUGAGAAAGACGGACUCCAAGGGUAAGACACCUCAAGAGAGAGCACAGCAGGCUGGGGACCCAGACUUGGCUGCUUACCUAGAAAGCCGUCAGAACUAUAAGGUCAUUGGCCAUGAGGACCUGGAAACUGCUGUUUGACCCUGGUAUUCGGGC